UCUGUCAUCAAGCUCCUGAUGAUUCCUGGCAUUUCUGCAUGGAUUGUCUCUUUCCCUAACUUUGCCAGUAAUUAGCUUGCCCAGAGAUUCACCCCUAAGGCAGUAAUUCCCAAACUAUGCACUAUAAGAGCAUAAGAAUACUUUUUCUGGAUCAGACCAAAAUAGGGUUGCAAGAUCCCGUGGAAUCUGGCUCACUUCUGUUUGUUGAACUUCUUUCUCAUGCUCAGCCCUGGCACAGGAAGCGAUCCGAGCCGGAGGAAGUCUGCAAAGGCUUCUGAAUGCUAGUGAAGUCCCUCUUGCGCAACCCAGCAGCACCCUUCCUGUACAGUACAUGGAGCAUAAGCAAAGCCUGCAAGUCACAAGAAGAGGAGUGCUAUUGUUCAGCUUUUGUGUGGGCUCAAUUCUUGGUAGACACCCAUAUGAACACUCACUGCCAAGGUGGACUCGGGGCCCUAGAAAGGAGCUGAGCCAAGGGAAUUCAAGGGAUUUCCGCCCUAAAGCAGGUGCUGCAAACAUCCCUAGACCCAGCCGUCCACCUGGGUCCAGCUCUUUGUAAUCCCCGGCCAUUGACAUGAUGGCUGGAGGUGAUAUGAGCUGUAAUGAAAAGCAUUUGAACGGUCUACUUUUUAAGGUGCAUUGUCACAUAUUGAUUGAUUUAUUUCUUACUUAUGUGUAUUCUUCUGUAUGGUUAUUUUGCAUGCCACCUUGAAAAGAAGGACUAUAAAUCAUUUUAAAUAAGUGAAACAAUACUCCUGUCUCAUCUAGUCUGGGGCAUCUCAUGCAUAUGCUUCUGAGGAGCCCACAGAGCAAGGUAUGAAGGUGGUCACCCUCCCCAGCAACUGGUAACCCCAUUAAUUAAACAGGGAUGGGUUCCUGUGAGCACCAGUUGUUCACCAUGGAGGUGACUUGUUACAUCUGUGCAUGAUGCUCUGCUCCAUUGUUGCUAUCUUCCAGCCAGCCUUUACUGCAACUGAGGAAGUCAGUCUCAUCUCUGCAUAAAGAUCUGAUUCCAGAUGUGAGAGGACUCUUCACAAGUUGCCUCUGAGUGGGACCCUUACUGGAUCAGAGAGUUCUCAGUUGUCUUUCCUGAUGGUGGUGGCGGAAGCAAAUGUUCCGAUGUAAUACUUCCCUUUUGGAAGAAGGCAAGAUUAUGUACAAACUGAAUCAUGAUCGUGUGGUGAAGCUACUGGGUGUCAUUUUGGAAGAUGGCAAUUAUUCCCUUGUGAUGGAAUAUGUACGCAAAGGGAAUCUGAUGACCGUACUAAAGGCAACCCCAAUUCCUUUGUCUGUGAAAGGACGCUUCAUCCUGGAGAUCACUGAAGGAAUGCUGUACUUAACCGAGCAAGGCUUAGUGCACAAAGACCUAAAGCCAGAAAAUAUCCUUGUAGAUGAAGACUUUCACAUCAAGAUAGCCGACCUUGGUGUGGCCUGCUUCAAAAACUGGAGCAGGCUGACUAAAGAGGAGACCAGCCGGCAGAGGAAAAUCAAAUGUAGCUCCAAGAGCAAUGCUGGCACCCUUUUCUACAUGGCCCCAGAACACUUGAUGGAUAUCAACACUACCCCCGUGGAAAAAUCUGACGUUUACAGCUUUGGCAUAGUCUUAUGGGCCAUUUUUGCUGACAAAGAACCUUAUGAGAAUGCUGUAAAUGACAUGCAUGUGUGCUUCUGUGUCAUGCAUGGGGACAGGCCACUCAUAGAUGAAAUACAAAAUAAUUGUCCAAAAGUAAUUAUUACUUUAAUGAAAGAUUCCUGGAAACAAAAGCCAGAGGAGCGUCCAACUUUUGCAGAAAUCAGUUUGACAUACACGCCAUUUUACCAACAAAACUUUGAAGAGUUUGUUGAAGAGGAUGUUAGAAAAAUAAAAGAAGUAUACCCUGAACCAACUGAACUUGUGAAAAGGAUGCAGUCCCUUGAAGUAGAUGCUGUAGCAGAACCACCAGGGAGUGCCCAGAUGGAUCGGCCCAGUUCCUUGCACAGCUCACAGGGUCUUGCAGUGAACUCCAUAGAUGAAGCCCAGUUUGCAGCUUCCCCCAGUAACGAACCUGUGGAGAGCUGUGAACAUACCUUCGAGCCCCCGAUGACCUUGGAGAGGAAACUACAGGAUGAGCUGAACUAUCAUGUGUAUGGCAGCCGGAUGGACAAGCCAGACAGCCAUCCUGUGGUGUUCAGUGCUGCACUGGGAGAGGAGGAACACAGGAGAAAGAUGUCCUAUGGUCCAUUUGCAAAGGGGCCUGUGGAGCCAUACCUGAGACCUGAAAAUCCUCGCUUAAACACAAGCCUUAGCAAUCCCAACGCAGCCUGCUACAAUGCAUCAUGGCAACCAUCAUCUACUGGAGCAACCCCGGAAAGGGGAAAUAUAUUUUUGCCUCCAAAUAGGAUACAUGGAGCAGAGCCUACAAAUCUCAGAGCAUCACUAAGUUCAGAAGAUCUCUAUGGAUCCCAUUCAACCAGUCUCUUCAAUUUAAGUAAACCACCUGUGCCUGAAUCUGGUAUGGAACAUUCAGCAAAGAUAAUUAAUCCUUACCCUCUUGCCAAAAGUGUAAGGAUAGAAUCUGAUCCAAGGGAAUCGCUUCCUUUUAUGAAGACAAAUUUUGCACAUGCUUCUACAUACAGAAAGAGUUCAGAGGAUUCUGCACAAUUCGUCAUUAAUAAUAGCAGAGGAAUUCAAAUAGGCUCCAACAACUACAUGAAAAUAAAAGAGCCAGUUCACCAAAUAAGCAGUGCUCCAGCGAAUGUUCCCUACAAUUCUGUACAUUACCAGAAGCUGUUUGAGAGUGCUGUUCUUGCUUCCGAUAUACACCUGAACCUUGUGCGGGACAACUUGGCAAAACAGUGGAAACAUUGUGCACGUAAGCUGGGCUUCACUGACCCAGAGCUGGAUGAAAUUGAUCAUGACUAUGAGCGAGAUGGACUAAAAGAAAAAGUUUACCAAAUGUUUCAACGUUGGCUGAUGAAGGAAGGCAGCAAAGGGGCUACUGUGGGAAAGCUGGCCUUGGCUCUCUAUGCUUGCAGGAGGAUAGACCUUCUUAACAGCCUUGUAAAAACAACCCAGGAAUCUGAAAUGAGUAACAAAUGAGAAGUAAAAUAGCAGGAGAAUGCUAUUAUUUUGAGGAGAAUGUUCUCUGAGGAACUCACGGAUGUUUCGCUUUGAUAGCCAGUAUCAACAUCUGAUGCUACCAGGUGCCAUUCCAGCAUAAAAAUGAAGAUAUAAGAUACGGUG